AUGGCCGUUGCAGACGGGCUAGUCAACCACGCUUUGGCGACUUCUUCGACAAAAACAUACAACAGAGCUUUGGCUUCCUACAAGAGCUUCCUGGCAAAACACACUACAGAUCUGACACAAACAUAUCCCUCACCUCCACGGGCUAUCUUGGCGUUCAUUGCACAUUGCUACAUCAACAAGUUGGCUGCAUCUACAACCUUAACGUAUUUGUCGGCGAUUGGCUACGCGCACAAACUCUUGAAUUUUAGCGACCCUACACAACACUUUUUAGUCAAGAAAUGCCUUCUAGGUUAUAACAAUCAAUGUCGUUCGCCAGACAAACGCUUACCUAUCACCUCGCAGUUGUUGGAACGCCUGGUGCAUUCCUUACAAUUCACGUGUAAUGCCGCUUCCCACCGUUGUCUACUUCAGGCUAUGUUCCUCUUAGCUUUCCGUGCUUUUCUCAGAGUAGGUGAGCUGAUAGGACACGGUCGUGGCCCCGCAGUAGUCACUUAUUCGUGCAUAACGUUUCAUUACACAGCUGACAUUACUUCCGCGCUUGAACUACACCCGGAAAAUUAUAAACACAGUCACGGAAAAACUGUUAAGUUGCUUAUACCGGCCAAAGUCUCUCCUGUAACAACUUGUCCAGUGGCUGCCCUUUGGCAGUUUUGUAAGCUACGUGGAUCCAACCCAGGUCCUCUCUUCACCUUUCCUGACGGAUCGCAAGUGUCAAGAACAUUCUUCUCCAGCAAUCUGCGAGCUUCGUUGAUAUUUUGUGGAUGUGAUACCACACUCUACAAAGGCCACAGUUUUCGUAUUGGAGCUGCGACCUCGGCAGCCGAACAGGGCAUUUCGGAGUCGCAAAUUCAGGAAAUGGGGCGUUGGAAAUCCUCGGCUUUUAAAAAAUACAUCCGCAUACCAAUGCUACAGAACUGA